GGCGGCGGCCGGUCUCUUGUUUGAUCCGAGAGCUGCCGUCCCCGUGAGCGUGACCGUGAGCUGUGUGGCUGGAGCUCAGCGGGGGACGGGCCCGCCCGGCCUCCUCCCUCCCUGGCGCAAACUGCGCUGCGGCCCGGCCUCCGGGUCCCCUGUGCUGACUGCUGUCUCCCCCAGGUUCCCUUGACCCCCUGGCUGUCCUUCCGCUGCUGCGAUGAGAUAUGCUCCAGAAUUCAAGAAGUCCCCCUCGCACCUCCUGAAGACAUUUGCCGUGUGCGACAUCCCUCUGUACGACAUAUGUGACUACAACGUCACCAGAGAUCGGUGCCAGGAACUCGGGUGCUGCUUUUAUAAAGGCAUCUGCUAUGAGAAGGCCGUUCCCACUUAUGUGCAAGUGUUUUCCGCCUUGAUCGUGAUCAUCGCCGGGGCCUUUAUCAUCACCAUUAUUUACAGAGUUGUCCAAGAGAGUAGGCGAGAAAAGGAAGUCCCUACAGAGGUACCUUUGUCCUCCAAGUCCAGCGCUAAAGUGGAAAUGGUGCCCUCGGGCGAGCGGCCGGCGGGGUCAAAGUCCCCGAGCACAGAGCCGUCGCACAAGAGCCCGGAGAGCGGUAGGGAGGAGGGUAAGGCGGCGGGAAUGACCAGCUUUACUUCCUCGGUGGUCUCCUCUGGUGAAGACACUCGGCAGCCAUGUCAGCCCUUCUGCAAGUUAUACUUGUUUUUUAGUUUGGACAAAAGUCUAUCUUCUCCAGCUGGGAGGGGCGGGUUUGCAAGGUGGAUUCUGCCCUCCGCACAGGUUUCCCGUCCACAAGGCCAUUCCCUCCUGGAAACAUCGCCUUCCCUCUCCUGCCCUCCGUGUCCCCGCAGACACAUCCUGCCGGGGCGUGGGCAGCGGGAGUGCCGGCUGAGCCGCAGCCCAGGUGCUGGCUGGCGGCGUGAGAGCGUCUCCUUCUGCGGCGCCUGCAGCUGUGAAGUGUCUCCCCGCUGCUGUGGUUUCCAGGAAGCCCAGUUGCUUGUCUGGUCACUCACCCUCUUAGGCGGCCUUUGGCCGGAGCCCCUGGCAGGUUAGAGAAAAGUGUCCUCAGUGAUCGGCUCUGCCCUGGGCCAUGUUCGUGCGGGAACUCCGUCUAGGGCUCUUGGUAUCACGGGUCACAAGGCGUGGCUUUCCUGGAGCAGUGAACCGCCUGCCCCAACGUCUUCAGGGACCUGGACGAGGCCCCUGGCGGAUGUGCGGGCCCGGCGCGCACCUUCUCGGGGUGCCCCCUGCGGGGAGAGGUGCAGGUGCUCCUCCCCCGGGAAUGAGUGGAGAGACUCGGGACAGCAGAGACACCCGCCACCAGACUUGCUUUGGAGUGAAUCAUGGCCAAGUGUGCGCUACGCAGCUGUGUUCACCGGCCUUGAAGCAAUUCCCCUGGGGUGGCCGAGCAUUCCAUUCAAAAGCCACUUCUUUUUGUUUUGUUCCUCAUCCCACAGCACUGGCCAUACCAGAAGACGAAGAAACUGAGGACUGA